CAGCCGCUUUCUCAUUGGCUACUUAAAAGGUUAUGACCCUGAAUAUAUGAAGCAUGGCUGAAAAACAUAAUACAGUUUCUGAUGAUGUCGUGGAAUAUUUCCUUUUCCCGAGGUUGUCAGAUUUGUCAGAUGAAUCAAAGAAUGAAGACAACUUAAAUGAAUUGCUAGUGAAAUAUCUAACCACGUUAAGUCCGGAUCUUAUUGAUGUUAUCUGGCAGAACGAGGGGUUCCAGCUGUCAGCAGUGAGUGAUUCUGGUGCUCUCCCUGCCCACUUCAUCGGACAGACCAACUUCGGGGAGAACAUAGAGGAUGAGUGGUACAUAGUGUACUUGCUUUAUCAACUGACUCUGAGGUUCCCGGGGCUGGUGGCUAGGGUACACGACACUGAUGAAGAGUUCCUGUUGAUAGAGGCUGCAGACGCCCUGCCCAAGUGGCUCAAUCCUGAGACCGCUGAAAACAGGGUGUACAUUUACAAUGGAGAGCUGCAUAUCAUUCCUAUCCCACAAUCCCCAUCUGAUGUUGCUAAGUUCCCGCAUGCUGUGACCAGCAUACGGGACGCCAUAGAAUGUAUCCGGAAAUACCCAGAACAGACUCGGGCUGCAUGCAAUGUGCAGAUUCUAAUAAAUAACCGGAUCAAUAAAUUUCCAGGCCUUGUAAAGGAUCACAAGCAUUAUACCCAUUGUUACAUUCCUGCUGUUAUGGCUGCAAUCCUUGACGAGAAACCAGACUUACUUGCCCCGGCCGUGAGAGCUUUUUACUACAGAGAUCCAAUUGAUCUUAAGUGCUGUCGAACGUUCACCUACUUCCGUCCUGGAACCAGAAUUCUUCAUAGGACUUGCAUGACCAGGUGUCUGUAUGCCCAACUCGUGCAUCAGAGCUUCCAACCAGACAAACGCUCCGGCUGGAUAAUGCCCAGCACUUCUAGCCCCAAGUUUAGGUCGCAUGACCUAGGAAUGAAACUUGCCCAUGGAUUUGAAAUACUGUGCCACAAGGCUGCAGAAGAUGGGCACAGCACUCCCACCAAUGAGAAUGUGCCUACCAACAACUCUCGCUGGCAACAGUAUCUGAAGUCCCUCCAGAAAAACAACUACUUUCGGGGCGAGCUGGAGGGAUCUGCAUUGUACAAGAAGUUACUGGAUGAUGCCUUGAAGUUUUACAGAGUAAACAUGGUAAAGGGCGUAAGGAGACCGGAUGUGGGAAGUCAGAUACUCCAUCUUGUGAAAACACUCAAUGUGGAUGUAGAGCAGCGCCGUCUGGCUGAGCAGGACCUGCCACCACCUGAUGAUGACUCCUGGAUAACGCUGACCACAGAGACUCUGGACGCCAUGUUGUCAGAGCGCGGAGGUAACCUUGACAACGUUGAUGACCCAGAUGGAGUGUUCAACAUUGGGAAGGUCGCAGACAGCAUGAACGCUUUUGUGAAGAAAAUCUCUAGUGUGGAUGGUGCUGAGUUCCCAGGUGCUGGAGAGGAUGAUGAUGAUAAUGAAGACAUUCAGUUCGAUGGCAGUGGCUUCAUUACAGCAAUGCAGGAAAUGUUUGAAUUCAAGGACAAUGACAGUGUAUCGAGCUCAGACAUGAGCGAGUAUGGUUGGGAAGAAGAAGAUUCAGAUGGCGAGGGUAAAACCAAGUCCCAGGGCAAACAGAGUAAGAUGAAGCGCCCACCCUCACUUGACAGAUACAUGGACGUCAUGGAUAAAGAGCUCGCAAAAACUGAAGUUGGAAAGAGCUUUGAGAGGCAGAGUAAAGUACAAAGCAAGAAGACUUCAGAAAAAGAGACUGGAAACAAGCAUAAGCCUACAAAGGCGAGAGACAUUGACGAAGAAGAUGAUGACUUUCAGCCGGUGGACAUCGAUCUGAACACGGUGAGGAACUUCCUUGAGUCGUACGGGGCCCAGGAGGGGUUGGCAGGCCCCGCCUCCAACAUCCUGGGCAGUAUGGGCAUCGUACUGCCUCCUAACAUGGACAAUCUGCCCACACCGACUAAUGAAAACAGCAGUAGUGCUAUUACACCAACUCGCUCUGACAAUUUUGUUGUGACUGCUAAAGACCCCAAACCUAAGGCAGCAACGGUUACGCAAUCAGAAGAAAUGUCUGCAUCAAAACCGACGCCACCUGUACGUCCAGUGGUUCCACCACGUCGCAACACCCCGUCCACGCCAAAAUCGCCCGGCAUCAAACCCCCUGCACGACCUCCACCACCUAGCAAGGACAGCAAGGAAACAGAUGUUUAGGGAAUUUAACGAAUGGUUGAUUACAUGUUACUAUGGUAGUGCUGUUUUUAGCUCAUCAGUGCAAUGGACAUGGUGAGCUUUAGGGACUGCCUUUUGUCUGAUGUGUGCAAACUUUAAAUUCAAAGGAUAUCACCCAAACCAUUGAGCACAUUUAAAAAUUACUUCAAUGGUAAGCUUCUUAGGCGACCCUCUGUCAAAGUUGUAAAACUUUUUCUGGUCCAUUGUGUUAUAAUUCACCAGAGAUAAAAAAUAAAUUAAUAAAUUUAUAACAGCUUCAAUAAUCUUUUCUCACACAGCAAUUUUCUUUUUUUGAUGUGUAACAUUGUAAAGUAGUUCAAAUUAUUUGCCUGGGGUCAAAACUAGCAAUGCCCCAGGGUUCACUUGAUUUAUGUAGACUUGCAACGUUUGCAACCUCUGAAACAGCAAGGGUCAGGGCUGAAUGUUUGUUGUAUAGUCCUGUGCAAAGUUUAUUUAACUCGUGGGUUAACUUGAUUAUCUUUUCAUUUUUAUUGAAAAAACCUCCAAUGAGGCCUAUUGCUAUUUGGCAUGCGAUAUCGUAUGUUGGUCCUCUACCAAACUUGUUUCAAUAAUGCUCCUUGGGUGAAAAUUGGCUCUGCCGUAUGUGCUUUUUUCCUCUACCGAAUUUGUUCAACUCAUGCCAUGGUGUUAAAUUUUGUUAAAAUCAUGCCCAAGGGAUCAAAACUGGCCAUGCCACAGGGGUCACAUGGUUUAUGUAGAGUUAUAUGAAAAAGUACUGGUAACUAAAAAUUUGAAACCCACACCUUUUAAUUAUUGAUAUUUGACAUUUGGUCGUGGUACUCUACAAAGAUUGUUCAAAACAUGCCUCUUGAGUUAGCACCGGUCACCGGUGAGCGAUUUAGGGCGACUUUUGCCCCCAUGUGUUUUCCUUGGCUAUCAUUUGCUAUUAUUACCACAGCUAUAUAUUUUAAAUCAAACUUAUAAUUAUAAAAUACUACCAGUGAAUUAAAUGUUUUAUAUCUGUAUGUAGAAUUUGCUUUACAUUUGUAAUAGUCUGAAAUCUUUGGCUUAUUUUUAAAAUUUUCAACUUAAUUACCAGAAUUAUUCUGGAAUUCAAUUUGGUCUUUAAAGAAGAUCCCACAAUGUCAAUCAUAUUUGAACCAAUUUCCAAGUUUACCUAAAACUUGCAUUUGAACAUCACAUAUUAAGCAUUUGAAUCUUCCAUCAUAGAAUUGAGCAUAUGCAUUGUGUUGCAUAUGGUAAAAUGCACAUGGUAAUUAGGGAGGAGUUUAAACUUUCUGUAAGAAAUCCCUGAUGUCUGUUAUUACAGUCUUCAACUUAACUGUACUAUUUUAUGAUACACUUUUUUUUCUUCUUUAAUUAUACUCAUAUUAAGCAUAAUCCCUGGUCUACAGCUCAUAUUAGUAGGGUUUUAGUGACUUCUUUUAUUUGCAUAUUUACUUUUAUACAUUAGCAAUAUAAAUGUUGUAUUCAUAUGUUGUAUUCAUAUGUUUCAUUCUUUAAGUUUAAUUUGUGAAUUCAGAAUGUUAUUAUUAAAAUAGUAGUGAGCAGAACAAAUUGCCAUAACUCACGUAGACGAACUAUUUCAGUUUAAUUUUAGUAUUGAAAACAUACUUUUGUAUUUUGCUUGUUCAAUAUUGCAUUUUAUUUGUUAGAUAAACCAUUAUUUUUAUUUUAUGCAAGAGUAUGUAGGUGUCUCAGUAACGGUCUGUUAAUGGAUGGUUUAUUUGAUUCUUUGUCUCUUACUGUUCAGAUUUUGUUUCGGCUAAACUGUUUAUACUUGUGUAACUUUCAAUGCUUUUUAGGGACACUCCCAAUCUCCUUGGUGAAAGACAAAGGCUAAAACUCAAGGUCAAAAGUAAUGAAAUUGCAAUUCUGCUAUGUUACUUUGGAUUGCCUGUGAGGAUUAAAAUAUUUCUGGUUUUAUUCCCCUUGGUAAGACCAUGUGUUUUAACAACUCCCAUGCCUUAAGGUUAAACGACAUGGAAACAAUUUAAACUCGAAGCAAAUUUUCUUUGCUGCAUUCCUAAUGCAUGCAAGGAUAUUAACCCAUGUAUGCCUAGUGGACUCUCCCAUCCUUCUAAAUUGGAUCAAUUUAUUUCCAAAAUUAUGGAUGUCUAGUAUACUUAUUUCUAUAUUUAGAAUAUUUAUUACUGAAAAUCCUUUUAGCAAACAGCGCAGACCCAGAUGAGACGCCGCAUCAUGCGGCGUCUCAUCUGGGUCUACGCUGUUUGCAAUGUCCUUUUUUCAGGACGCUAGGCAUAAAUGGGUAAAUAUGACUGCAGAUUUGUAUUUCUAAUGUCACAUACAUUGUCAAGCCUCAUCAAUCAAUGGUCAUGGUCACACUUUUAUUUGUACAAUCAAAAAUGCUUGUUUCUACUCUCAUUACUUGUAACUGCAAAUGCUCUUUAUUUUAUUUAAUGCAUAUGUUUUGUGGCACAUCCUGUUACAAGCCUUGCCAUUUUUACAGCUCAACCAGUUUUAUGUUGUCAUGAAAAUAAUUUAUUAAUGUCUUUAUCUAAGUGCAAUCAAAGAUUAUUUUUCAGUUUACAUUUAAGUAUGACAAAAGGGUGUUUACAUGCAUGUAUGAAUCUUUUCUUGAUAAUCCAGUUUUAUGUUUGACUAUUCACCAUAUAGUCUGCGUUAUGGUACUCGGCCAAAUGUUGGCAUCAGCAUCUGCAUCUGCUUUAUGCUCUGGUAAAGGAGAAUAUUCAAUAUCUUCAUAUCACUGUUUCUGCUGCAGGUGGUCAACUGAAACUUCACACAUAUGUUGAGGGUGUGUUCAGGGUCAUGGCAUGAGGUCACUGACCAAGUUCCAUAACUCUGACCUGUAAUGUAGCAUAGUAAAGUCCCUUUAUGUACGCUUAUGUAAAUGUUUGUUAGCGAGGCUGUUUUUUCGGAGAAAACCCGAGGUAUUGUCAUAGCCUGCUUGUCGUCCGCCGGUGUCGUGAUAAAACCUUUACAUUGGCUCUAAAAUCAAAUUGCUUCCACCUACAACUUUGAAACUUCAUAUGUAGAUGCACCUUGAUGAGUUCUACACGCCACACCCUUUUUGGGUCACUAGGUCAAAGGUCAAGGUCACUGUGACCUCUAAAAAAACAAAAACAAAAAAACAAUUCUUACAAGCUUUCGCAGCCGAGCAUGGCACCCGUUAUGCGGUGCUCUUGUUAAUAUUUGCAUGCAACAAGUAAAUAAUACCUGUGUAGUUACUACUAAUAUAUUUUUCAAACUUUAAUAAUGUCUUGGGGGGUCAUCAUACAAGGUCACAGACCAAGGCCCUUAAAUCUGUUUUGCAAUUAAGCAUAACUUGUCCCUUUUUAGCUUCACUAUUAUAUAUGAAUUAUAUAUAGUGGAGCUAUCCUACUCACCCCGGCGUUAGCUUUCCGUUCCCGUAAGCGUGCAAAUGUUAAAGUUUGCGUACCACCCCAUUUUCAUUGUCCCUUGACAUAUUGCUUUAAUAUUUUGCAUACUUCUUAACCAACAUGACCCCAACCUAUAAACCAGAGCAGACAACUGUAUCAAGCAUUUUGUAACAAUUAUGGCCCUUUUUUCACUUAGGAUAUGCAUAUUAUUGAUAAAUCUAUGAUAAAGUUUGCAUACCACCUCAAAUAUUAUCAAUGUCCCUCGACAUAUUGCUUUCAUAUUUUGCAAACUUCUUUACCAACAUGACCCCAAUCUAUAAAGAAGAGCAGACAACUGUAUCAAGCAUUUUGUAAGAAUUAUGGCCCUUUUUCCAUUUAGAAUAAGCAUAUUAUUGAUAAAUCUUUGUUAAAGUUUGCAUACCACCUCAAAUAUUGUCAAUGUCCCUUGACAUAUUGCUUUCAUAUUUUGCAAACUUCUUUACCAACAUGACCCCAAUCUAUAAACAAGAGCAGACAACUGUAUCAAGCAUUUUGUAAGAAUUAUGGCCCUUUUUUGUCUUAAAAACUGAAUAUUUUGUUAAAUUUUGUGUUGAGAUCCACUUGACUUCUAAAGAAUCAAAACUAUUGCUUUCAAACUUCAAAUAUUUUCUUACUAUCAUAAGGGUACUGUACCUGCCAAGUUCAGUUUUGACCUUGACCUUUGAAUAACCUUGACUCUCAAGGUCAAGAGUAAAUUUUAGUUAAAUUGCCAUAACUUCUUUAUUGAUGAUCAGAUUUUAUUAAUACAUUGACAAAACAACACUUAACUGAAUACCACAAUGGAUUCCACCCAAACAAUACCCCACGCCUCAGAAUCCCUGCCCCCCUCCCCCCCCCCCAAUUUUUUUUUUCCUUUUUUUAUUUUUGAAAGAUCUUCUCAUAAAUGACCACACCCCACAUUAAACCCCCCUCUCAACCCCCCCCCCCCCCGACACCCAACCCAAAAAGAAUUUUUUUUUUGAAACAUGGUUAAAAAAACAACAAAUAUUUAUUUACUUUAUUUUUGAAGGACCGUCCAAACUUCCCACCCAAGCUAUUGCUAUCAAACUAGAAAUAAAAUCUUAUUAGUUUGUUUUAUGUCUUAACAAAUGUUCAAUAGAUUGUGGAAAAUAUACCUGAACUAUUACCUUGACCUUAUUGAAUAAUUUGAACAAUUACCCCAUGAUGGCUUACGUUAUACUGUCCAGCACUCGAAUAGUCGAGCGCGCUGUCCUCUGACAGCUCUUGUUGUACUUAAGAAAUUAAGAGAUCACUUGCAACAACUCUAGCUGACAUGUAGACCUAGUUUGGCGCUGCAUUUGAGGAAAGUUGGGAUGCGUAACUUUAAUCAUGAUAAAGGUAUUAUGCUCUAAUUUUGUUUGUAGGUACGUUACAUACUGAUCUAGUGAACGUAUUUUGAGCCAGAGGGAUCAAGGUCAUUGUUAAGUAAAAAAGGAACUAGAGGUUCCACACAGUAAUUUUAGUUUGGGUGGAGUUUUUCAGUAAAUGUGUGUAUGAAGCUUACGAGAAGCAGUAUCUUCAGAUAACAUUUGGGGCCGAUGGGAUUAAAGUUUCUCAAAUAUAUAAACAAUUUCCACUCAGUAAGUAGCUAACAUGCAGAAAUUAAGAUUGCCUUGAAGGCCAAUUGGGUCAAGGUCACUUUUAAUUUAAAAAAAAGGAAAGUGGUUUUUGCUAAAUAACUUUAAUCUCCAGGGAGGUUUUGUUCUAUAAAUUUCUGUGGAGGCAGCUUAUAUGUCAACCUUGCUUACAAAGUAAAUUAAAUUCAACUGAAUGAAUUGGAAAUCAUUCGAAAAUAUUAUAUCUCGGCAUGGUCACAUUGCUUGUUUAAAUUUUUUAGUUUAAUCUUUUAAUUUACAUAUACUUAAUAGGCAAGAAAUAGUCAAGCCGGCUGUCUUGGGACAGGCUGUUGUUUGUGUUGCAAUGUCACGCAUGGGCUGUCCCUUCAGUGUGUGUUGUUACCAGAUCGGGUUCUAUCCUCCAUGAUGACAAGCAAAACAGAAACUAAACAUUAUUUAGUCAAAAUUUUUAAAAUAGAAUCAAUGUUAUGUACUGUAAAUAUGCCAUAAUAACAAUAUGUGUGAAUCCUUUUGCAUUGGAAGCAUGUAUGGUAAGACAUAACUUAAAACUUGAUGUGAUUUCCAUUUUUAAGAAACUGAAGGCAAUUUUUAGUAAGGACCUUUGUGCAUAUUGACCUUGGUGAUUUUAUCACUUUACAACUGUUACUAAUGUCUACCUUAUAAUUUAUGCACAUUGUUUUUGCAUGUCCUGCAAUGUAGAUUGUAAGUAAAUGCACUUUCAAAUGUGACAAAUACAGUUGGUGUUGUGAUGUUUUUAUUUACCAAGCAUAUCCUAAUUAAUAAUAUUAGUUGACAAGCACAUUCCAGGCCGUGUAUAUCAGUCUUUCUUGUUUUUAUUAAAGUUUUCUAUGCACUAAAAAUACACAUAUUUUUGUUAAAAUAUUUCACUCAAUACACAUGCUGGUGCUAUCGAAAUAGACAAAAAAUAUCAAAAACUUGGUCUCAUUGGUUCAAUAUCUUGGUCAUUAGAGAAAAUAAGAACAAGAUUGUGAACACUGAAUAUCCAUCACAUAUUUAUUGCCUAAUCUUCAUGUGUGAGAACAUUUGUCCCAGUGAUAUCUCAGUCGCUUUCAUAUCUUGGUCUCGUAUCAAAAACUAGGACCAUGUUUCAAAUAAACUUAAAAGCUUUCACACACUUUAAAGACCACACUUUUGCACAAAUAUAAUUAAUCUUGGGGAGUUGGGCACAAUAAUUUUGUUCAAUUGAUACAUUGGCUAAGUUUUAAAUAAUUCUUGAAACAUCAAAACAAUUUAGUUUUUUGAGAUCUGAUCAGGUGAAAGACCUGGGGCCUAAUUUGCCUUCUGUAUGAAAUGAUUUCAUGUUUUGAAAAAAUAAAUAUACCACACUUGCUAUCUAUUGAAAUAUUUCUAUACAUUCUUUCAAAACUCGUUCGAAGAAACCUAUCUGUAUGUGCCAUAAUAACCAAAUGUGUUCAUAUUGUCACUCUUUAUUGAUUUAUAUGUAUAUAAGUACAAUUUAUAUUGAACUAACCAUUUACUUGAUGUUGUUAUGUAAUUGGUCAAUAUCAGCAUGGUUGUGUAUUUUUGUUAUUGAUUCUAAAUUCUUCAAUAAUAGAAUAAACAAACUUCUAUUUGU